CAGACUGCCUGCCAGAGGAGAGGGUGCAUGGCAAGUGAAGGAGAUCCCUCACCUACCGGGGUAAUAACGGGACAAGGGAGACGGGGAAGCCACGGUCUGGCAGCCAGGACAGCCCCUCUUCACAGCAGGAGACUCCCUCACUAGCAGAAUGAAUGGUCCAUAAACACCCACAGCCAACAGCAGACCUUGCACACUAUAACAGCACUGAAGACAUUUACUUGAGGCACUGAAACCAAAACAGCUGGUUUAUGAGAUGGAUACUGGAAAGUAAAUGUCAAAAAUGGUGAAGAUACAACAAGAGAAGACACGGCCUACUUUAAGCUGAGGUCUCAUCAGUAUUAAUGGCACUUUUUUGUUAAUUAGCAUCUUGUCCGGAUGGAAACGUCAAAGGGAGAACAACACGAGGACAGCAACCAGGCUGUUUUUGUGUUGAGUAGACGAACAUUUGUUCUACAACCAGCUUUGUCCACAAAGAAAUUUAGAUGGACAUCAUAAUACAUAUGGUUAAAUAUUUCUAUAAAAAUAUUACUUAUUCAGUCUCACUCAUAGCAAAAUGGAAAAAUCCUAACAGGAAAAAUGGAGUGGAAUAUGAUAUAGAGAUUGACAUUAUUUCACAUAGAUCUUAAUUACUGUAUUAGUUUUAAUAAAAAGGAAUAUUUGCACAUGAUGGCUUUGGAUAUUCAAAAAUCCCAGGCUCUUAGUGUCACCUAUCACUCUGAUGGUAAUUAUCAGGAAGAGCUAGGAGAAAAGAUGGAUGGUUCCAGGUCUCAGAGUUUACCAGUCUUAAAUGGUUUCUGUAAAACAUCUUCUCAAGGAAUUGCAUCAAAAGUGGUGGACACAACACGUUCAACUGCAGUUUUGGCACAAACUAGUUUUCAAGGAGUACCUGAUCUGAGAGAUGGCCUGGCCAGAGACGUAUCAUAUGAAAGUAAUGCACUUUCCUCUAGAACAGUAUUUUCUUUGAAAGCACCUAGCUUUAAAGGUAGUGGAAAUCCUGAAAAGACAGAACCUAAUAGAAGCACUAGCAACAGAAAAGGAGUGUCUCGGUCAACGACAUUGUCUACAAUAAGAAGUAGUAAAGUUUUUGGAAUAGCACUGACCGACUCGCGAUGUUUUCUGGUUUGUAUGUGCUUAUUGACAUUCAUUCAAUCCUUGAUGGUCUCUGGUUAUUUGAGCAGUGUGAUUACCACUAUUGAAAGGAGGUAUAGUUUGAAGAGUUCAGAAUCUGGACUUUUGGUGAGUUGUUUUGACAUUGGAAGCCUUUUGGUGGUGGUUUUUAUCAGUUAUUUUGGUGGACGAGGGCGGAGACCUCGAUGGCUUGCUGUAGGAGGAUUGUUCAUUGCUGUUGGAGCUGCACUGUUUUCUUUACCUCAUUUUAUUUCGCCACCAUAUCAAAUUCAAGAGUUGAACUCAUCCAUUGCAAAUGAAGGGUUGUGCGUGGAUAGCACCAAUACGUCCAAAAAUUCCUUAGAUUCAUGUCCAGGGGAAUCAGGUGGGAAGGAUCACUCCCUGUAUGUUGCUUUAUUCGUCUGUGCCCAAAUUCUUAUUGGCAUGGGUUCCACACCUAUCUACACUCUCGGACCGACCUACUUAGAUGACAACGUCAAGAAGGAAAAUGCAUCACUCUAUCUUGCGAUCAUGUACGUCAUGGGAGCCCUUGGUCCCGCCGCAGGAUAUUUGUUAGGAGGGGUCCUUAUUGGUUUUUAUGUAGAUCCCAAAACCAUUGUCCAUAUUGAGCAGAGUGAUCCUCGAUUCAUUGGGAACUGGUGGAGUGGAUUUCUACUUUGUGCCACAGCAAUGCUUCUUGUGAUAUUCCCAAUGUUUACAUUUCCGAAAAAGCUUCCACCACGGCUGAAGAAGAAGAAAAAAAAGAGUAAUUCAUACGACGUUUCCUCUGAUGAUGAUGUAUUAAAGGAGAAGACGAGCAACAAGAUCAAAGUAGAUGCUGGCACUGGUCCGUCAAUUGGGUUUGGAAAAAAUUUUCAAGACCUUCCAAGAGCAGCAGUCAGAAUUUUAAGCAACAUGACAUUCCUUUUUGUGAGUUUGUCAUACACAGCUGAAAGUGCCAUUGUCACCGCUUUUAUUACCUUCAUUCCCAAGUUCAUCGAAUCACAGUUUGGCAUCCCAGCUUCUAGUGCCAGCAUCUACACUGGUUUGAUAAUUGUUCCGAGUGCUGGUGUUGGUAUUGUGCUUGGAGGUUACAUCAUCAAAAAGUUGAAACUUGGCGCCAGGGAAUCAGCCAAGUUAGCGAUGAUCUGCAGCGGUGUAUCUCUGUUGUGUUUUUCCACACUUUUCAUUGUGGGAUGUGAAAGUAUUAACCUCGGUGGAAUCAACAUACCUUACACUACGGGUCCCACGCUAACCAUGACACACCGGAAUUUAACAGGUGGCUGUAAUGUUAACUGCGGCUGUAAAAUACAUGAAUACGCACCAGUCUGUGGAUCAGAUGGAAUUACGUAUUUUAAUCCUUGUCUCGCUGGUUGCAUCAAUGUGGGAAAUCAGAGCAUAGCAAUAAGAAAUUAUACUGAGUGCGCCUGUGUCCAAAGUCGUCAGGUGAUCACUCCGCCAACAGUGGGUCAGCGCAGUCAACUUCGAGUGGUUAUCGUCAAGACAUACCUAAAUGAAAAUGGCUACGCUGUGUCUGGAAAAUGUGAUCGAACCUGCAACACACUCAUUCCAUUUCUCAUAUUCCUCUUCAUUGUUACCCUCAUCACUGCGUGUGCACAGCCCUCUGCAAUCAUAGUUACCCUCAGGUCAGUGGAGGAAGCAGAGAGGCCCUUUGCCUUAGGAAUGCAGUUUGUUCUCUUGCGGACUCUUGCUUACAUUCCUACUCCCAUCUACUUCGGGGCUGUUAUUGAUACAACUUGCAUGCUUUGGCAGCAGGAUUGUGGAGUUCAAGGCUCUUGCUGGGAAUACAACGUGACAUCAUUUCGUUUUGUUUAUUUUGGACUGGCAGCUGGUCUGAAAUUCUUAGGAUUCAUUUUUAUAUUUUUGGCUUGGUAUUCCAUAAAACACAAAGAAGAUCAGUUGCAGAGGAGGCGGUGGAGAAUGUCUCCAAUAAGCACAGUCAGCGAGAUGGUUGGGAAUACAAGAGCUGAGCCAAAUUAUGCACGAACUAGAUCUUGUCCUGCCUUCGGUGGUCGAGAAGAUCACAAUGAAAAUACAAACCUCGAUAGAGGAAUCCAGCAUGUAGCACAAACCUAUCCUGGGCCCUUUCUGGAAGCAAUAAAUACAUCCUUUGAAAAUUCUCAAGAAGAAACACCGGCCGACACAUAAAUCAGAUAAUGAGAUCUAAUUUGGUUGGUUCCGGACGGCGCCUUGUGCAACAUGUGCCUUUUUUAAUGAACUAAACUGGAAAAAGAGAACAUCCCACAGGGUGAUUGAGGGCUGGUUACCUCAAUGAUUAUUUUACCCUCUUCCACAACUGGAGCUUUUAGUUUUCGGUGGCAUCUCCGAACCCAUGUAAUAGUCUUCUGUCCAAAAUAGGCUGGGGCCUCAGCUAAUGGGUGUCAAAUUCCAAUAUUUGGUGCAACCGCCACUCAGGGAGUUGUUCCGUCUUAUGCAGUGUUAAUUGUUUUAUUACAUAUUGAUUAGAGAAAUUCUAAAAAUCUAGACCAGGGCUAGAAAACUUUCUGCACUGCAGAUGUGGUGGACUACAUCUCCAAUAAUGCUCUUACAGCCAUAAUGCUGGCAAACCAAGAGGAGAGAUGUAGUUUACAACAUCUGGAGUGCCGAAAGUUGCCUAACCUGAGUCUAGAAGGAUUAAGUCCCUCAAGAUUCAAGUUUGACACUCCUGCCUUAAGUAGAGAUGUGACGUCCUGGAAAAAAAAUAUUUAGCAAAAAUAAAUCAUUCUCAAAUAUAUAUAUAUUUUUUGUUUUGGGGAGUUUGACCAUUAUUGUAAGCAAAAAAAAAAAGGUAAAAUGUUAUUAAAUGGGAAAUAUUUUGCGUGCCAUUCAAUCAGAUGUAGUAAAAUGAAAAAGAUUUGCCUGAACCAAAAACUAGUUGACAGGAGAUAAAGGUUACCAUGCAAAUAUCUUGUCUAAUCUCCUGUUUAACUACCUUGCUGCCCCUUUGACUAUUAAAUUGAACCUUGAGGAAUCUAAAAGGGUUCAUUUGUCAGGCUAAGCAAUUUGCAUAGUUGUGUAUAGGGCUAAUUAUUCAUCUUAUACUUAUUAUUGGUGUACAAACAGGCCAGGGCAACUAUUAAGUUUAAGACAGUUUAUUCAGAGUUCUAUCACCAGUUAAUGCUUGUUCCAUGCCAUAGGAUUGCACAAUGCUACAUCAAUUUUGUUUCCCAAAGAAAGUGCACCAGACACACUACAGAAUUAUCAUUUGAUCUUUGUUUUCAGCAAAUCAACCCCAUGGUUGACAUUUCAACCCUCCCAGGGCUUGAAACAUAGGCACUAUAUUUGAUAUUUUGAAAAUAAAAGUCACAUG